AAGAAAAUAAGUAAUAGUAAUAAUAAUUACGUAUAUAAUGGAUCGUCGUUAACCUUGAUUUUCCGAUUUUAGGGUUUAGGGAAUUGUUGCAUAGCUGCGCGUGGAUCCAGAAAAUGGCGAGGAUAAAGGUGUACGAGCUGAGGAACAAAACCAAGGCGGAGCUGCUGAACCAGCUGAAGGAUCUGAAGGCGGAGCUAGCUCUGCUUCGAGUGGCCAAGGUCACCGGCGGCGCCCCUAACAAGCUUUCCAAGAUCAAGGUGGUGAGGCUUUCGAUAGCGCAGGUUUUGACGGUGAUUUCGCAGAAGCAGAAAGCGGCGCUUAGAGAGGCUUAUAAGAAGAAGAAGUAUUUGCCCCUUGACCUUCGUCCCAAGAAGACCCGAGCCAUUCGCAGACGCCUCACAAAAAACCAGGCAUCACUGAAGACAGAACGGGAGAAGAAGGAGGAGUUGUACUUUCCACUAAGAAAGUUUGGAUGCCAGCAUUCCAAUUUUGCCCAGGUGUGCAUACUAUCAGAGAGCUCUCUCGGGCCAAUGAUGUGAUUCAAGAAUAGUCGAGUAGCUGUCUAUGAUUAGAUGACCUUCUUUCUGGAUGACUAUGUAUAUGUUAUUCUUUUGGGUCAUGAUGUAUGACCUACAU